GGGCCGGGACAGGCGAGUUCGGCUGGAGCGGAGCCGAGCGGGGUAGGAAGUCGCAGUGGCCGGGCAGCUCCGGGCCAUGGCCUCGGAGGAGCUGGCGCAGAAGCUGCAACGGCGGUUGCAGUUGGAGGAGAGCGGGGCGGCAGUGGAGGGCGAGGCGGCGCCGGGGACGGCUGGCAGGGGCGAGGAGGCGGCCGGGGACGAGGCGGAGCGGAGCUGCCUGACGGCCAGCGCGGGCGCGGAGCUGAGCGCCAAGCUCUGCCGGCGGCAGGACAUCAACGAGGGGGCAGCGCAGCCCCGGCGGGCCGCCGUCUUCAACCCCUACACCGAGUUCAAGGAGUUCAGCCGCCGGCAGAUCAAGGACAUGGAGCGCAUGUUCCGCCUGUAUGACUCAGGACGGGAUGGGUACAUUGACCUGAUGGAGCUGAAGCUGAUGAUGGAAAAGCUGGGAGCCCCCCAGACCCACCUGGGUCUGAAGAACAUGAUCAAAGAGGUGGAUGAAGAUUUUGAUGGGAAGCUCAGCUUCCGUGAGUUCCUGCUGAUUUUCCAUAAGGCUGCAGCUGGUGAACUCGAGGAGGACAGCGGCCUGUUGACCCUUGCGAAGCUCUCAGAGAUAGAUGUCUCUAUUGAGGGAGUCAAAGGAGCCAAGAACUUCUUUGAAGCCAAGGUUCAAGCCCUCUCUUCAGCCAGUAAGUUUGAAGCAGAGAUAAAAGCUGAGCAGGAUGAGCGAAAGCGUGAAGAGGAGGAAAGGAAACACCGCCGAGCAGCUUUCAGGGAGUUAAAGUCUGCAUUUACCCAGUAACCAAGCAGCCAAUAUGCACUCUGAGAUUGCACAUGACUUGGUACCUUUCCCAGAUCAGGGCUCUACCUGGAGAGAACUGCCUGGAUCCUGCCUAAAACUCCUCACAGCUUCGCUAGCCUUCUUCUCCUGAAGAUCCUCCUGAGUUUCUAAGGGCACAACUCUUGCAGUUACUAUGCUUUCAUAAUGAUGUGAAUCACAAGAGCUGUGUACGUGCUGUUUGCUCUGAACUGUCAGGAACACAUCAUCCUGAAGCAGAAACAGCAGGUAGCAAAUCAUGGGUGAGCAGUGACAAGUGUCAUGUUUGCCUACUUCAUUCUUUCCUUCUUUUCUGUAAAUCCUUUUUCUCUUAACCCCAUAUUAAUUCAUUCCUUGCUUGCAGGCAAGUAGUGAGGUCUUGUGUAAAUCAGGGUGUACAAAGUACAGCUUGACUUCCUGUACGUUUGUACUGCUGUUGGGUGUUGUCACGCAUCCUUGACUCCCUCUUCUUCCUCAAAGCCCCAUGCCACAGGCACUGUGAAAACACUGUGAAGAGAGAAAGAUAGUUACUAGGGUCGUGGAUCAAAUUAAUUAUCACUUUCUGUAGCAUUUUCUGCCACUCAGCGUGUUGGAGAGUCUUCCAGUUUUUCUUCUCUGAAGUGCCAUAGUAACAAACCUUUCAAUAAGAGGCGAGAUUUCCCAAGACUUCAAAGGGAGGAAGCUGGCUCUGUCUUAAACGAGGAAUAGAAAACUGAGUUGUCUGACCAUGUAUCUUCUUUCACAUUCCAUCACAUUUAGUGGAGCUGUACAGCUCCACUGUAUUUUCCAGCCUUAGGCAGCUGUAUCUGUUUUUAAGAGAUAUUGCCAGCUGGACAAUGCAAUCAGAUGGCACACUGGGGUUUUCUAUUUGGAAAUUUGCUCAUAUCCUGAAUCAUGCAGGUGAUGUUAUUUGAUUUUGUUAGAGCCAUGACAGACAACACCAGCCCAGCAUACUGAGCAAUCCCUGCUGAAGAAGGGAAGAGCAAUGAGGUGAUCAUGUUUAGCUGAACUGAAUUCGGAGGGUUUGCACUAUGUUAUUAGCAAUUUUCUUUUGCAAACACAGGAAACUUGCCCACAAAUGUUAAAGUGCCCACUGGUUGUCUGGAUAUAUACACUUUAGGUCAUGGCAGGGGAGCUGUGUUCCCUCAGAGACCUCUCUCAAAACAUGGAUUUGCUCAAAUUCUGCCUCUGCUAUUGCCCCAGUUAGUGCAUUUUUUUAAUUUUUUUUUUCCUUUCCAGAACAAAACUCGGCAGUUGUCUUUUCACUUGUCUGUUUUGCUUCUUAAACUGUGAGCACUAAACUGUGAGCGUGGAAUAAUAAAUAGAAAAAAACCUCUACUCUUUAAUGUCAGGUGAAAGAAUUGCUAAACAAGUAAACUGUGUAUAUAUCUUCACAGAUUAUAUUUUAUAAAUCACGCUUUUUUUAGCUAAAUAUUUAUAAUUAAAUGUUUUUAUACUUUACAACAAAGCAGAUAAUUUCAUCUUCUAUUAUUUCUCCUGUUGCUGAAAUGUACAAAUAAAGCAUUGUUAUCUCCA